GAAUCUGAAUAAUAAUUAAUUUCGUAAUUUAUUAUGGCUAUUAACUAUUUAGAGUAAUUUGGCUUCAAUAAAACUUAAAGGCACCGAAAUUAUUUUAGAAUUAUCGAGUAAGUACUUACAAAAGAACCAAUACCGGUAUUUUGAUUACAAUUUUGUAACUUGUGCGAAAGUUUUUAUUCACAAAUCACCGCUUAGACCAAUAUUGCUACGUGAACAAUGUCUAAAGUAAUUACAAGUGAAGAAGUAAUUAAGCACAACAGCAAUGACAGCGUAUGGAUGGUCAUACGAAACGAUGUAUACGAUGUUACAAGUUUUUUGGAAGAGCAUCCUGGUGGGGAAGAAACACUCCUAGAGGUGGCAGGACAAGAUGCAACACAAGCAUUUGAUGACGUCGGACACAGUGAGGAUGCUAAGGAGCUGCUCAAGAAAUAUAAAAUAGGUUCCUUGCCUCCUGGAGAGACCAUGCCCAAUGUUGUGCCACAACAGAAACCUAAUUGUUGUGAGAAAGUCAAGCAAAUUGUGAUGGUUAGCUCUGUGGUAGCGGGAGCCAUACUGGUGGCAAUUGUACUAAGGAAGUACCUCGCUUCGAAUUAAUGGUAAUAAACCUUGUGUACCUGUCAUUAAAAACAGACCUGCAAGGAUAUUCUGGUCAGAAUGAGAACUAAAACUGCCAUGAUGUUAAAAGAGACUACGGUUUCGCACACUCUCUUUACAGCAGUCAUUGUCAGCACCGUACGCGCCCAUAGCGUCGAAUGCACCGCAUAGUACACGA